GCGUGCAUCUCUGGCUUGGCGCACGGCGGGUGACCGUUGAUCGUUGUAGGAGCGGAUACCAUCUGUCGGUUACUACUAGAGCGCGCGCGCCCCAGGUGACCGUCGAAUCCUUGGCCGAUAGGUAACCGAUUCAGGGAUGUGGAAAGCGACUAAGAAGGUGAGGACCUCGUCGACGGCGAUGGAAACGCGCCCUGUGGGCCAGAUGGAAGAUCGGUGUACUUUAAGCAGUGCAAAGAAAAGAACAUGUCGCAGCGGCGGAGAAUGGGAGAGAGUAGGGGAAGGGAGAAGAAGAAGAGAAUGUAGAGGCGGCGGCGGCGGAGGAGGAGGAGGAGAUGGAGGUGGUUUUCGGAAGCAAUCCCCUUGCCACGUGGCAGGAUUUCGUUGGCGUUGGGAAAAUCGAUUCUUGGUCAGCAAUGGUGGUGGAUGGAGCAAGAGCAGUGACCUUUUUGCGGGUGCAUUUCUAGCUAUUAUCUUCUGUUUACUUCCGACCAUGGGAGAAGGAGCUUGGAAACAGCUGAAGCCACCGCCUCCCACUCCAGGAGUAAGGUUCGGGCAUGCAUCUGUUCUUCUACCCAAUCGUCAGUUAUUCGUGUUUGGAGGAAAGCAUCCGGUCACGAACAACUUGCUAGGUGACACGUGGCUCUUCAGCUUUUGGUACAACAAAUGGGUACUCAUCGAGCACCCUUAUGGAUCGAGCCCUGCACCCCGAGUCUACGCAGCAGCAGUGAGCGUCGGAGAGAACGUCCUGUUGUACGGAGGGGACUGCUAUUCUCCGAGGAAAGGAAAUGAACUGCUUUGGAGCAGGCCCUGCAGAGACACAACUUGGUUGUACAAGCUGGCGGAACGACAGUGGAUUAAUUUGCCCAUGAGAGGCAUCCUGGUCAAGCCGCGCAGCCACGUGGCGGCAGUUUCAAACGGUAUGACGUUUUACAUUCAUGGAGGUCGCCGCGAUGGCGGAUGGAUAGACGAAGAGAGUCGCAAGACGUUUCUGCCAACAAUGGCUAAAGGUGACGUCAUCUGGUCUGUCGACUUGGCGGAGAACACGUCUUUUGUGGCCUUCAAGAGUGAUCCACAUACAGGACCUCCAGAGGACAAAUUAUUGCGUUUUGGGCAUGCUGCAGCUUUGGUGGAAUCUAAGAUAUGGAUGUCUGGAGGGAUGUACAAAGGGGCGCCAAGGAAGGAUGUUGUGUCAUUUGACAUCACGACGUCGACUUGGGACCGUUACACUGCACUCACAGGGCCAGGAAGAGCGUUCCAUAACAUGGUUGCAUUCAAUUCCCGAUACCUGGUGUCAUUUGGAGGGUAUGUUCUUCAAGGGACAGAAAGGGGUGUUGACAAAAACGGAGCAAGUGAUGCCAUGAGAGUGUUUGAUUUGUACAAGUUCAAAUGGGGAAGGAUUUACCCCAGGAGUAAUGAUGUUCCUGCUAAGCGCAUGUCACACGCUGGAGGGAUGCUGGAUGACAGGAAACUUGUUGUCUCAGGUGGCUGGACUGGUGUUGAGGGAAUCGAUGACAUGUGGACUUUCGAUGUAACAGGUGUACUGAUGUCAAGAGGGACAGCCAUAGCAAAUGUUAUGCGUCCGAUGGGGACUCCAGUGGUGGUGGAUCGUAUUUCACUUGUUGUGUUUGGGAACGAGGAGGAUUAUGUUGUAAGGUCAGCGUUUGCAAAUUUUACAGAUGUUCCUCGGGGGAACUUCACGGUCAUGGCAGUGGACAGUGGCACUGUGGUUGGAUAUGCAAAUGGGAACAUCAGACGUGCAGGUCGAACCGUUGCUGUUUGGAUUCCAGCAGCAGAGAAAAAGAGCUAUUUGUUUGAAAUGACUAUGGAAGAUGGUUACACUCCAAUGCCAGGUGUGACUAUGACUAUUGAUGUCAACGAGGUUGAUUUAGGGGAUCGUCCAGCAGCUACUAGGAGUUGGAAGCCCUACACGGUUGGCACAGCAAAUGCAGAGGGCAUAUGUGCAACAAAGAUGUAUCCAUCAUUUCUUCCAGGCCUUGGUCUGGAGUUUCACACCAGGUAUCGGCUGCAAUUCUGGCAUGGCACUCGUAAGCCUCUCCUUUUACUCUUCGUGAAAGACGACUUCAUUGUGCCACCUAGACCAACUGCAGCUGAGCAACGCAGGAGGAGGGCGGGGCCAACUGUUGUAAAAAUAAUGUCGAAAGUUCGCUUUUUGCAGCGGACUCCCUUGAAGCAUGGAGCGAACCAUUACACUCUUCAGUCAGCUGCGCAGUAUUACUACCUGAAUUUCAGUUCUAUGGAUGGGUCCUUGUGCAGAAAAGAUGCGAUGGCUUUCAUUAUGAACAUGAAUAUUAGGGGUGCAAGGAUGUCGCCUUGCUGGACGGAUCUCGAUAUCGGCGAGAAGGAGGCAGACGACGAUGGCGCGGCAGCAGGGGGACGACGAUGGCGCGGCAACGGGACGUCGACAACGGCCGCAGCAGAACGGAGACGACGACACGACGGGAUGGCGACGACGUCACUGGCGCCUGGCAGAGGGCGGGAGGGUGGAGGAUUCAGAUUCGAAUCUUGGGAGUUACGAUCGCCGUCGAUCGCCGACAAUCGAUGGCCAAGGAACCCUGGUAGUUCGGCGUCCACUGCUCCAUCUGCUCCUUUACUUGCUCUUCCCGCGCCUGCUACCACAUCUAAUCUUCCCCCUCCCCCACCCCUUCCCCCACUUCCUGCUUCUAACAACACUACCUCAACUUCUGCACCUGUAAUGUCGUCUGGUACGGCGACGUCCAAUGGUCAGUACGGCAAGGGAAGUGGAUGGUAUAACACCAACCAACGGGUUGCUGCGCUCGAAGAGACGGUGAGUCUACUGAAGAAUUGGUAUGGCGCGGAGAUGGCUAAGAUUUUGGCCAAAUGGGCAGAAGAAGCCCGACUACUGAAGGAACGUGAAGACGAAGAACGAAGGCUGAAGGAGAAGCAAGAUCGGGAAAAAUUCCAGAAGGAACUUAGUGACACUUGGAACGCAAAAUUCGAGUCGGUGUGUGGUGCGCUGCGGGCGAACAAGGGCAGUAAUGCGAGUGAGGUGGAGAUCGAGAAAUUGAAGAAGCAGAUUGAGGACUUGAGGGUCAACCAAAGGCAUGGGUUGACAAAUCCGGGAGCGUCGACCAGUGCUCCGACUACUGGCAACGAUGCUCUGCUCGCACGUAUUCUUCAGGAACAUGACGAUAUGAAAGACACGGUUAGAGGAUGCUGCCGCCUGAGGCAAUCGAGGGAGGAAGCUUUGCAGGAGGCAGAGACGUGGAAAAAGGAAGCGUUGAAGUCGGGCAACAAGAGGAGCAGGAUUGCGACCUCACCAUCCUCUAGUUUGAAGAUGCCUCCAGCUGCUACUCCAGCGAAGGGACUUCAGGAAAUACACAAUUUGGAAGUUGAAGCUCUCAAAGCCUUGAGGCUGAAAGAACUUAAUUGGAGAUGGGAGGCGGAGCAAGAAAAUGAGCGGCUAAAGCAACAACAGCGGGAAAUGGAGCGGGAGCAUGCGCGUUUGAAGGAGGAGUUGUCAAAAAGAGGUCAAGAUAAGCGGACACCGUUAUCAAGUUUCCGUGAAAGAUUGGAUGAAGCCGAUGGCCCUGCGGACGGGUUGGGGGCAAGAACCGUAAGAAAGAAGAAGUCCGCUAGCGGUAGUGACGAAGCAAGGGACAACGAUCGGGAUGCCUUCAUGAGGGAGGAACGGAAGGAGUUCAGGAACCUGAAAAAGGACGGCGUUAUGGAGAUAUGUUUGAGGGAAGACGUUAAAUACACUAUCCUCACGGAGACAGUUACUGAGAUUAUUGCCAAGCGGGCGGAACGUGCUUUUGGGAAGCGAGCGGUGGUGCAGGAGAUCUCUGAUGACUUGGCUGAGGGAGGGCAGGAUAACAUUUGUAUGUGGGAAGUACUGCACGGGAUCUCUCGACUCGUUGGAGUGAGCACGUCUAUCGUGCAUGUGAUGCAACCUUGGCUGAUAAGGGAAGGAGGAACGAGCGGCUGUAUCGUUGGCUCCGGAGGUGUGGAGCAGGCAGCAAGGGAGGACCUGCUCUGGGACCUAGAGACAGUAAGGGAACAGGCUGAACAGGAGUACAGCAAGGAACCUGAAAAUUUUCAAAAGCGGACACAGGAAAUAAUUGAGCUCAAAGAGAACGAAAGCAAAACUGAAAACGGGCAAAAAGCAGCUAACCCACAGUGUGAGAACAAAAGAACCUUAGACAACAGCCCAAUCAGAGAGAAAGGACAGGCUGAUUCGAAGAGGAGGAGGGCUAACACCGCUGAAGGCACUGAAGGCGGAGUUGCAAGCCCACAAAACAGUGUAACGGAGAAACCUGCUAAAGACUCGGACUUUGCCAUGGACGAAGAGGACAGCGAUGACAGCAAAAGCUCAAGUGGCUCUGCCCCCAUCAGCGACUCUUCAAUGGCUCCGUACGCAGAGAAGAAAAGAGUCAGAGAACAGGGCCAGAUGGAUGCAAAAGAGAACAACAAGGAUUCUAACGAUCCUUUCCAGGAUCUGCGCCCGAAGAAAUGGAAAGCAGCAAAAGUACAGAAGAAGCAAGACCCCAACCAUGGUCAGACAGAAACUGCCAAGAAAACAGCACGCUCUGACCUUGAGUUGGAACUCGCAGUCAUUGAGGCCCAAGCAGAAAAGCUGAAGAAGCUCAAUGCUGCAUACCAACCGGAAUUCACAUCCCUGCAACACAUAGCUGAGGGUAAAGCCCCGCAUGUACUUCAACAAGCCAGAUCGGCCAGACUUACUAUGAUGGGACUGCAGCCGUUGUUAGCCGCUCGGUAUGUAGAGGAAACCGGUGAAUGGCAAGUCGCCACAGAAGUCUCCUUCGCGAUCCCGUUAUUUGAAGAGGGGCAGAACUUGGUGUCGGUAAUCCGUGAAAAAAUUACCGACACAUAUCCGUUGGGUGUGUAUCAAACGGAAGACUCAACGAAAUUCUCUGGGGGACAAGAGAUGGGAGGGCUGCAUGAGGAUCAGCGAGUGACCCUUACUGACCCAGCGGACCCCAGACAAAGCUCCUUCACCCCCCUGAUCGCCAAGAUGCCUGAGAAAACAAGAUUGAAAAGAGGCAUGAUGUGGAGAUCAUGGGACACAGUUACUGCAAUUCCGUACAGUGUGUUGUCAGGUCUGGGAAUCCCGGCGGAGCUGCCUGCAGCCUCGCUAGCUGACAUCCUCAGAGCUGAUGUCACGCGAAGUGUUAGAGCUUCUGAUAAGCUGCAGACCAUCCAUUCCCGCCAAUGGAGGAGUGCUAAAGCGACCAUGACCUACGAUACUCUGAGUAGGGAAGUGGUAGCGUUCGAAGCGCAGUCCAUGCCAGUUUCCACUUUCUGCCAUAAGGACCUUGAUAAGGGGAAAAAGUGGAAGGGUAGUACCAUCUCGGGUCAGCAAUUUGCUCCUGCGCGCUUGGCCCGUGUGGAGCUUAAGUCUAAGCAUGAGCCACUUACACUUUUUGCUUCUACAAAGUUUGAGCAUCCGAAUCCGGCCAAUUAUGAGUGGAAGAGUUCCACUGAAGAAAAUGGAGGACAAACAAGCCUGCGCUGGUCUUUUGGGAGAAACAAAGAGCUGGGACUGAUCAGGUUGCCCCCUUGCAUGUUCAUUGGAGUGGUGGGCUCGUCUUCUGAAUCAAUCCCAUUUGUGCUGCAGACAGCAGUUACAAGGGGUACUGGUGCUGCUGAUGACUUUUAUGAUGGAUCAGAUGAGGAACUUUCAAAGAGUGCCAAACUGGGAAUUGGUCUUGGGGUUGGCAUGUUACUGUUGAUGCUAGUCAUAGUUUUGGCAAUCCUGCUCAAACUAAUGCAUGAUCGGAAAAAGGCCAAGGCGAAUCUUGAUGAGAAAAGUCGUGCUUUCAUGAAGCAAGGCAUAGAAAUUGGAAGUAUGUCUCCGACAAAAUCCAAGGAUAUGGCGGGUUAUCUGAAAAAUGCGGAUGGGAGCGUGGACACCGCCAACCCCAACUUCGAAAAUGUCAGUGAUCGUACCCAGGCGCAGAAAAUUGCGAUUAAUCUGCUUUUCUGCAUCUCUGUAUAAAACAUAUCCAGAUUCAGUUGCGUAAUCCAAUCUUCUUUGCUAGAGGGACUUCGUCCAGCGGCUCCAGCCCAUCAAGGAGCAUAGGCAAAGAUUAAAAAAAAAAGGGGUGUGACGCAGAAAAGGAGUGUUGGCAAAGAUUAAUAACCCCGGGCUGAAUUGUGAGGUCCCGGCCUCAAAUGAUCUUUGGAAUGCAAUUUUCUUUUUUUUAAUAAAAAAUGGGAAAAAAAAACAAGGGGACUCCCUGUCAGACAUCCAAUCACAGUCGAAUCACCCCAAUUUAUCCCAUUCCCAUUAAAUUAAUAAAUAUUAAAUUGGCAA